CUCGUCACCAUUAAACAUGUAUCGGGCGUUAAAAAUUUGUUUAUUGAUUUUAUUGGGAUUUAGUAAUUUAACACAAUCCACUAAAUGGCUAAUUGAUAAUCCUGGCUUUAAUGAUCCCUCGGCCUGGCUAGACGAAUACUUACCCUGUGCAAGAGAAAACGUUAUAUUUCCCGAAACAUAUCAGGCUUUAUUGCCACUACCAGAUAAAGUUGAUGUGGGCGGAUUUAUAUUACCAAAAGAUGGAGCAAUACUUUUACAACAAGAAACUACCAUAACGCUGGGCGGUGAUGCUCAUGAGCGGGAAUGUGAUAAAGGUAAAGCCUAUUUGAAAAAACCAACUAUACACAAAUGGUUUGAUCCUCGUACAUGGCGAUCAUCUAAAGAGCAACAGGCAAAUACAGCUAUACCGGAUAUGGAAAGAGUACCGUGCAACAAUGAGUCUGUGGUAAUUAAGAGUGCUGGACCUUUGAUGUUUGAUUUGGAGUAUACUCCCUAUUUGCGCCUAGGACAAUUAAGUUUUGCUGGCUCCUUACUCUCAAAGGACUACUUAAAAGAAUUGUUGUAUUCAGACUUGGGACAAUUUCUUUUCAAAAAUCAAGCAGGCGUUAAUGUGGAAUACUAUCAUAAUGAUGUUUGUGGCUGCCACAAAGAUUUCAAUACAUUCACUGAACCCAUCUGUCACAAUGUUAUCGAUACCUGCCCCAGACCCCACUGCUUAGUGCCAAUUGUUCCCUAUGGAAGUUGCUGUGCCAUAUGUGGUUCAACACUAAAAUUUGCUGUUGAAUAUUGUGAAAACGAAAGAUUAAAUAAGCUCAAAGAAAUAAUUGUGGAAAGUCUUAAGGAAAAAUCCUUGGAAGACUCUUUAGACUUUUAUGUCAACUAUAUAAAUUCCUAUAAUUAUGGCAAUUAUUUGCAAGUCAUUAUAGUAGAUCGCGACAGCUACUCGGAGAAAAGUGUCAAGUUUAUGAAAUAUAUGAAUGAGACUACCAACUGGAAGAAGGCAUUGAAAUUGGAGGCCAAUCAUGUAUAUGGCUUUGAAUUUUCCGGUCGACCCUAUAAUCCAAAUGUUACGUUUGGUUCGAUGCUGUUAAUUUUACUAUGUCUGGUGUUUGUUUCGAUAGUUGCCUUGGUUAUCUUUGCCCACUAUAAACCCGAUAAUCCUUAUCUGCAUUAUGUACCCCGUUGGAUUUAUGAUCCUAGACUUUGGCGUGCAUUUGUCAAUCGAUCGAAUAAUGUUUUCGAUCGUUUCGAUCAUACAAGAGCUAGCGUACAAACUAUGACGACGGACAGCAGUAAAAAACAUGCUUUUACCAUGGGCUAUGAUCCCGAAAGUGGUCGAGUUAGGGAGCAAGCCUUUGACAAUCCCAUGUUUGGUGAAGUACCCUCAACAUCGCAAGCAGCUCGCAAGGAAGAAUCACAGGAAGUGAAAAAUGAAGAUGUGAACAAAGAAAAAUCUCAAGAAGUACCACAACUUAUUAUAGAGAGCGUUGAUAUGAUUGAUAGUCCGGAAAGGGCAGAAGAAGAACAGGAACUGACAGAAAUUAAAUUGGAGUCGUCAUCAGAUGAGGAUGAGGAGCAAGAAACUGAGGGUUAACCUUUAUGUACUUCCUUAUUGAUUUAUUUAAAUUAUAUUACAAAUAUUUAUAUGCUUAUAAAAUGGAUUUUGUAUUUUAAAAUGUUCAUUACUUUACCUUAACUAAGAUUGAAAGAUUAAAAGUUGAAAAGAAAUACAGCCCAAUUAUAAAUAAAAAAUUCCCCGGGAGUUUGUUCCCCGGGAAUUUUUUCCCAUUGAAUAUGAAUAGGAAAAAUGAGAAAAGAGAAAAACUCCCGGGUAAUUUUUAUUCAUAAUUGGGCUGAUGAAGAAUUCUUCAAACAUUCAUGUUUGAUAACAAAUUGAGAAUGAUUGGAAAUAAAAAUUAUAGUAUAUGCAUUAAACCCAUUAAUGACUACAGGCUAUCGACUACAAGCUCCAGGGACUUCCAGGGAGUGAACAGAUUUGUUUAAUAUUUCCCGGAAAUGGAAAAAGUCCGGGAAAUAAGGAACCCUAAUUUAGUGCACAAUUAUUUUUAUUACAAAUUUGAAACAUAAAUAAUACUUAUAUUAUGUAUUGUCACAUAUUACUUCCGUGACAGUGAAACGUCCUCUAGUUUCGAACAAAAGGUCAUACAAUAUUGACAAAUCUCUUAUUCAUUUACACUUGAUGGACACAUAGUACAUGCGUUGGCAAGUAAUUUCCCACAUUAAUUAAUUUUCCUUACAGGAGUAUUUUUUAUAGGAAUUCUAUUUUAACCAUAGAAUAAUUUCAAACUAAAAAAAUCAAUAUUUUAUUGUGUUUAGAUUAAUAAUAAAUAUGUAUGUAUCACUAUGUAAUUGUAGAUAGCAGGCAGGUGUGUCUGUCUACUCCUCCUCCUAUGUGUUUGAACUAUUUAAUGUGAAAUACUAACAAGACGGGGUUUUAUUUUAGAUUAUAAACAAUUUUACUAUUGUAGCAUAUUACAUUUGUAUGUGUACCUUUAUUUAGUAAAUGUAUUAUUAAUUGUAGAUUCUUUUGACAGGUACAUAAUCAAUAGAUUUUCUAUAAAGUAGUAUUAUUUAUUUAAAAACACACAGGAAUUCAUUACAAUGAUUAAAUUGAAUGUGGGUCAUUUGGGAUUCUCUAAUAGGACUUGUUUAAUGUACGUAUGUUAAUGGAUAAAAGUUUGUUAAUUUUAUUUAUUUUAUUUUGAAACAAACAACACAACCGAAUACAAGUUAUAUUAAAGAGUGAACCAAAAAAACUUAUACUUGUAUUAUGUUAAAUAAAACUUAAACCGUUCAAUAUAAAAA